AUGCGAGCCUCAGCACUGCGCUCCGCCAUCACGGCCUUGAUGGCGGUGCCUCUUACCCGUGGCCUCGCCGUUCCAGACGCUGGCACCGAUAGCACUUCUCCCUCAGCUGCAAUUGCUUCGAGCCCAGACACGAACACGGUCAGGAUCCUCGUCUGCGGCGACUCCAUCUCCCAGGGAAGGGAAGGGGACUUCACGUGGAGGUACCGUCUGUGGGAAUGGUUCCACACCGCCUCCAAAACACAGUCGACGACGACAACACCAACAGCACCAGGUCGCCUGCCACAGGUUUCCCCUUCCUCCUCCUCGUCGUCUUCCUCCAGUUCCAAUACUGCCAACGAUAACCAAAACACCUACCCAACCAUCCAAUACGUGGGCCCCUUCAACGGCACCCUCCCCGCCUCGGUAGACGCAAUCAACGUCGACCCGACCAACCCCCAGACCUGGGGCACCUACCACCCUACCGUCUCGCCGCUCUUCUCCCCCGGCGGCGGCAGCUCCCACUUCGCCGUCUACGGACGCCCGGCCUGGCAGGACAUCGAGCCGCUUCACGCCCAGAUCACAACCCACCAGCCGGACAUCCUCGUGCUGCACCUCGGCUUCAACGACAUCGGCUGGUGGGGACACAACGCCACAGACCUGAUCCUCAGCAUCCAACGCCUCGUCUUCAACGCCCGCCUCGCCCGCCCGGACAUUAAGGUCCUCAUCGCCGACGUCUCCCACCGCCUCGCCGUGUCGGGAAGGGAGGACAUCGAGGGCAUCACCAACCAGUACAACGACCUGCUGGACGCCGGCGCCGCCGAGUGGUGGACCGCCGGCAGCCCCGUCGAGGUCGUCAAGGUCAGCAAGGUCUAUGACUGCCAAGUAACAGCCUGCCCCGCCGGCAUAGACGGCCUGCACCCCAACUCCCUAGGCGACUUCCAGAUCGCCCGCGCCUACACCCAGGUGCUGCACGACAAGUUCCACUACGGCGCCGCCCCGCUCGAGGUCCCCCCGCCCGACACCAUCCCGGGAUUCGCCGCCUCGUCCUUCUCCUCCUCCACGAGCGGCAACGGCAAGCUCGUCGGCGGCCACGCGCCGUCUCCCCCGGUCACGUUCCUCGCCGCCGGCGCGGGCCUGUUCUCCCUCGUCCUCGUCGCCGUGCUGAGGCCCGAGUGGGUGCGCCUGCGGAGGGGCCGCUUCGGCCUGGGCGGCGUCAUGAAGGGGCGGUAUCACCUCUUGCCGUCGAGGUGA